AUGUCUGCCCGGCUAGUACCUCGCCUGGCACUCCGCCAGUCGAGAUGGAUGGUGCAAAGGCGCGCCGCGUCGACGACUACAGAAGCCGCGAAUGCCGCCUCCUCAACCGCUUCCAAAGCAAAAGAGGGCGCAUCGGCAAUCGCUGGCAAGGCACAACAAGGUCUCUCGCGAGUCACGAGCUCUGCCGGUAGCGCUGUGAGUGGUGCUGCGGAGUCGGCAAGCAAUGCGGCAUCACAGGCUACCGGAAGAGUUGGCCAGAUAAUUCACUUUGCCCAAGGCUUGGUACCCCCGACCAUCUACUACGCGCGCGUUGUUGGCGAACUUGGCCAGCUGAUGUUCAAAGGACGCAACAUGUACCCUCCCAACAUGCAAACCAUCCAGACUUACCUCCAACCCGUCCAGAACGCCAUCCGCAACCCUUCAGCGCUUCUGAACCAGACAGAAUCGCAGGUCACGCAAGCGGCUUCGAAGGCUGGUAAUGCAGCACAAAAUACUGCGCAGCAAGCCGCCAACAACCCCGAGGCAUUCCUCAGCCAACUCCGCAACUUCGACACCGCGGCUCUGACCUCUGUGGGCGUGGUUGUAGCCGAGGUCCUGGGCUUCUUCACUGUCGGUGAGAUGAUUGGCAGGUUUAAGAUUAUCGGCUAUCGGGGUGAGCAUGGCCACCACGAGUAG